GCCUUUGGGGUGACAAAUGCCUCCUCCAAACUGCUAUCAGGAGACAGGGAGGGGUGAGCACUAUUCAAAAGAGAAAAGGGCCAAUGUUCCUGUCCAGGGUUCUGCCCGCUUGUUGGGGGUUGGGCUGUCCUCCUCCUUUCUCUCUGGAAUUGUUCCCAUUGUCAUGGUAAGAAACUCGUUGGCUCCACCCGGGACGAUGCUCAACGACCGCAGGAGGGGCAGGGCGGACCCGGGGCGGGGCGGGGGAAGGAGGGAACGGCCACUCGUGCUCAGGACUCGCUCUUUCCACCCUGCUCGCCGGAGCGAGAUGUGCGGGACUGCGCCCUCCCCCAAACUGCCAUCCCAGCGCGGGGAGCCACGUUCGCCACCGCCCUGCUGCUGUUCCCCGACCCGGCUGCCACCUCCGGACACCGCUCCGAGCCACAGGACAGGAAAAAGCAUGACACUCCUCCCAUCUCUGCCAAAAGCUGUGGUGUUUAAACAGCCAAAGCCAGGAGGCUUCAGCACCAGGGCUCUGCCCUGGAGGGCUCCUGGUCCUGCCCAUGCUGUGGGGGAGAAGAACACCAACUCACAGCCACUCAGGCCUGGCAGUCCUCUGCAGCGAGAGCUCAGCACACAUCCACAGAGGCAAGUCCAGCAUCUAAAAGAAGAAAAAUAAACAGCAGAAAAAGGUAAAUUCUUUUACUUCAAAGUUGUUUCAAGUUCUUAAAGCCCAAGCAACAUUUGCUCUGGAUCUUGUGUGGGUGAAUCACGAGCACUGGGCAAGGGUCAUGCCAUUCAUUUAGCUGUAAACCCAGGGUAAUUUAGAGGGGACACAAGAAGUGUUUGUGUAGGAACACGCGAGGGGAUGUCAAGGGGAGUGAGGUGGCAUUUUUGAGAGGAUUGCUGAGUUAACCCAAGGGAGCCCAGCAGACAAUUUCUCUGGGAAGUCCGAGGCCCCUGUGGAGCACAGCCAGGGCUCUCCAGGGGUAGCGGGGAGGGCUCAGAACUCGGGACUCUCUGCGUCCUCCUUCCUUGGCAGCAGCCGGUGAGGAAGGGAGGAGAGGCUCCGUGCGGGAUGAGACUGGAGAGAGCGAGCAGAGGAGCGGCCUCGGGCUGGAGAGGGGCAGGAGAAAGGCAAAGGGACCUCCCUGGGGUCACCAUGGCCUGUGGGGAACAGAAUGGACACUUGGAUGACCAGUGGAGGGGAGGAGUGGAUCUGAGCUCAUCUACAGGGAAAUGAGGAGGGGAUAUUUAGGGGGAAAAAGCUGAGGUGCUGAGGUCACUCACCCUGGCAGCAGUUGUGUUUUCAUUGAGUGCAAAAAGCCACAAGGAACCUUCCAGAAGCAGGCCUUCAUUACAUAGCUGGGAUUUCAGUUUGCUCAUUGAUUCUUGCCUCCAAUCU